UGCGUUCGGCCGAACAUCUUGGGGCCACAAAACUUUGAACACCAUUUUAGGUUGAGAAUAAUUGGUGAUUGGGACAUAUGACGAAAAAACAAAAAUGUUUAUUAAUAACGUUCUGGUACACUAACCUACGUGAUGCGAUAUCUUCAAACCGCGCAGCAAAAAAUCUCGAGUCUAAAAUACAUCGCAUGAUAUUUGGAUGGGUGUUAAAGAAACAAAUGUUACUAAACAAAGUGCGAUUGCUUCAAAAAAUACGAACAGUGAGAGUGAUAAAUGAAAAAUUUCGCAUAUUUUUCUCAAAAAAUGACAGGCAUUGAUACUGUAUUGAUUUCCAAGUGAGAGUUCAUCAUUAAGCGACGAUUUUGCAAAGUUUCAUAGUUCUUGUUUGUUGAAAUCAACGUCCAUCAUUAACAUUAUUUUAUUUUACUUACGAUUAGUCAAGGCUCGUUGCAGCGGUGUAAAAUGACUGAACCAACUGACGUUUCGUCGUCAGGCUAGGAUUAGAGUUGUCAAAUAGAAAACAAAAGCGCGGCAUAACCAAGAAAGAAUUUAUCCUUCGCCAAAGAUUCUACGAAUUAAUAAACUUGAGUAAGGUAACCCAGAGUAUGAUUCCUCAUUUCUUUGAACAUUAUUGUACGUGCACCUGUCAUCUCGAUCCUGAUCACUUAACCGACAUAGUAUAAACUAUAGUUUGUGAAAUAAAUAAAUAGCAGCUGCAAUGGAUACUGAUAGUGAUUGGAUCUCUGAGACGAUCCUUGGCUCUGGCGGUUUUGGGAUCGUUGAGCUUUGGAGAAAUACUCAUACCGGGGACAAAAUAGCAAUAAAGAAGUGUAAAUCUGGUGAUGCUCAAUUAACUGAAAGGCAGAAGGAAAGAUGGGUGCAUGAGGUUAAUAAAAUGAAUCAAUUGAAACACCAAAAUAUUGUCGCUACUAGACCUUUGCCAGAUGAAUUGAAAAACGUUGAAGGGCCACUGCCUGUACUUUGCAUGGAAUACUGUUCAAAAGGAGAUCUCAGACUUGUAUUAACUAAGAGUGAAAAUUGGUGUGGCUUGGCAGAACCAGAUGCCAUGCAAAUAUUCGGUGAUGUCGCUAGUGCCAUCAGUUACCUUCACUGUCAAAAAAUAACACACAGAGAUUUAAAGCCUGAAAAUGUAGUGUUGCAAGAGAGGAAUAAUAAGGUAAUCUACAAAUUAAUUGAUCUUGGUUACGCCAAGGAACUGGGACACGACAGUAUCCACGCGUCUGCUGUUGGAACGUUAUAUUAUGUUGCUCCAGAAAUAUUGUGGGCAGAAAAAUAUACUUGUUCUGUUGAUUACUGGAGCUUAGGAAUUCUGUUUUAUGAAGUAAUAACUGGCUCAAGACCAUUUUUGCCAAACGAAACAAGUCCUAUAGAAUGGAGGAGACACGUCUCACGUAAAUCAAACGAUGAUAUAUGUGUCCAAUACGAAGAUGGCAGCGUAGUUUAUAAGCAAGAUAUUCAAGAUCCCACUGAUAUAUCACCAUGCAUCAGAAAUGCUUUGAAAGAUUGGUUCAGAACUGUCCUACAAUGGGAUCCAAAAAAACGUGGGCGGCAAUGCCAGAAAAAUGGUACCGAAAUCGUGGUUGUAUUUUCCAUGCUUGCACAAAUUUUAUCCAAGAAGGUGAUUCACGUCUUCUGCGUACCGCAUUAUCGUAUAUAUCACUACGAAAUAUCGAGUGAUACCACUCUUGAGCAACUGAGAUGUUUGAUCGAGCAAGAUACUCAAAUAAGUAUUUCUAGUCAAGAAUUACUUGACCCUGAUGGUGAUCUUCUGGAGGAUGAUGGGAUUAUAAAAUUAAGCGACCUACGAGGUAGAUUACUAACGCUUUCGAAAAAAGAAAGUGUGCUUAGCGAGAUACCUGAUCCAGAAGUGCCGCAUUUGGUUAGAAAAAUCAUUGAAGCACCAAGAAUGACAAUGACCAAAUAUGAAUUGCAGCGGUGCUAUUCCGCUGCAAUAUUUUUUGUCAAAAGAGAAGCUCAACUGUUUCGAUCUUACAUAUUGGCUCUGUGUACGAAAAUCGAUCUAGUCAACUCCAAAUUCGAUACUAUAUCAUCAAAGAAAGAUAACAUGGCCUCAGGCUUCAACUUACUCCAGGAAGAAUUUCACUCAAUGUGUGAAUUAAUACAAAAUGAUGGAACUAACGUCUUAGACACAUUGAAGAACGAAAUUCAAAAUCUAACACAGAAGCUGCAAUUUCUCUCAGAAACGGUCCAUGCUCUCAAAGCAAAAUGCGAUAAAGUUUUACAAGUACGAAACAUUUUAACCAAGCUUGGAGAUAUUGAAUGGACAACAGAAUACAGAGAACUUUUAGAAAAAGCAGAAGGCAUCGUUGAAAACUCUAAAAUACUCUCUGAGAAGAUUAAGCACCAACCAGUUCGUAUGGCCAAGUUUAUAUUUGAACUUCUGAAAUGUCGAAAAAAUCUAAUGAAUAAUGAACAACUUGUCAAUAUAAAAAGUGAAAUUGAUCAUGUGUCGACGGCUCAGGCAGCAAAAGAUCUCUCAAUGCAAGAAAAGUAUAUUGAAUCUGCUGUUGCAUUGGUUGGUGUUUACCGAGAACAAAUUUCAAAUUUGCGUAAGAAAUGGGAAAAUUACAAGCAAGUGGCCAGUUUUCCCAAAAAUUUAGAAAGCAUGGAUGUAGAAUGUAACGUUGAUGAUAACCGUGAAUUGGAAUCUUCCGUACGAAGUCUGAAUGAAGAAGAUGGUUUGACCAGUGAUAAUGUUAUCUAUGAUAACUUGGUAAUACGAUACCUGAUGCUCGACGUUAUUUCUGAAACAUAUGAAAAGUUUAAACAAAUAAUGAACCUGAAUCCAUAAAGAGAUGAAAUCAAACAGAAAAAAUAAUUUUAAAACUUACGUUAAAAGUAUAUAAAACUACGUUGUAUUUUACUCAAAUAUUUUAUUACCGAUUUUUCAUAAAAUACAUAAUUGCUAGAUGGUAGGUCUAUUAUAAACUGUCAGUUAUGAAUUUUGAUUUUAUACAGUGUGAUAUUUGAUACGAAAAAUAUAAUACUUUUUUAAGCAA